GACGAAGUAGCUGGCGGCGGGAUACCGCAGCAAGAAGCCGAGAAGGAGGAUGCAGAAUGCGGCCAACGACACACCAUGUAUCUCCAGAUUUGGGGCAAAUAAUCGGAGAUUCACAGUCGCAGAGAAGCACGCGACGCGCGAAAACACCGAAACAAUGGGCGACUACGUCAUCAAGCGUCGACCAGCCGAACGAUAACAACAAUCAAAAAAGCAAAACGUCGUUUCGAACGUUCAACGAGGUCGGACUCAUUUCGAGUGUACAUUACGUGCCGGGACAGCGAACAAAACACGCGUUACGACGCGGAGCACGUGUAUCGUUACUUGAGUCACAAUUCUCGACGUCGACUCUUGCAAUAUUCGGUUGGACUCUCAUCGGCAAUUAACACCUUUUGAUCGAAUCGUGUCGCGAGUGUCAGUGCCAGUGAUUACAAGAGUGAGUGUCCAAAGUGCCAGAACGGAGCAGCCUGGAACAGGAUGCUGGACCGGGAAGCCAGGACACGCAGGAUGCCAGGACGCCAUCGUGUAUCUGUCCAGGUGCAUGAAAUCAUUUAUUGCACAGAAGGUUUUCGAUUUGAAUGGACCUCCGGCGAAAUUGCCGCGUACGAGGAAAUAUCCCGAGUCGAAAUUGAGGCCGACAUUCAUAAUCUCUUAUUAUUGAAUUAUUGAUUUAUUGGAUUAAACAUGUCCCUUUAAUAUUAGUAGAGAGUUACAAAAGAGAGAAGAGAACGUUAUUUUUUUAGC